GGCCUCUUUCUCGGUCUCUCACUUCUCUCUCAUUUUUCUCUCUAAUUCACUGUGUUCUUGCUUGGCCUUCUUUGUCAACCAAAUCUAGAGCAACCCAUCAUUCCGUUGUUCUUCCAUUUGAAGGAAGAUUAUACGUACUCCAUUCCAUUUCGUUCCCUCAGUCCAUUGCUUACUGAGUAUUCUGUGAAUUGCUAUAUUCGAUGAAUGAUUAAUCGCAAUAACGUCUCUUUUCCCCAUUUGUUCUUGCCUUCUCUGUAAUCCUAGAAACUCGCUGAAUCUGCUGAGGUCCAGUUGCCUUGUGACAGUGGAAGAGGGCUACAUCUUUUAGACUGUUUUCUUUAUUUCCGUUUAUGGUCCUGCAUUGCUUUACCUAGCAGUCUACAACAAACAUUUGAAUUGUGGCUAAGGUGAGUAAUUUUCUAGUGGCUUUACCAAAUGAUUUUCACAUCAUACCCAGUGCACCGGAACAAGCCCAGAUAUUCUCUUUUAUAUGUGUUGACAUAGUUUCCAUAUCAUUCUUUAGGCAAACUCCUGAUGUGUACUCAUAAAAUACACGGACUAUAAAUAACCUGUGGCUAUGCAUUUUUCCUCUCCUCAAGUUCAGACUUAAUAUGACCCCAUCUAAAAAAGUAUUUCCUUCUAACUCUACUAUGGCUGGAGAAACAUCAUGGGUCAGCCACUACUGUGAUGACUCAACGAAGGAGGCCAAAGAGUGUAAUUCAUUUCUAGAAAUUGGUGAUGAAGAUGAUAAUGGAGCUGUCGCUUUUUUGCUGGAUUUGAAUAUGAUUUUGCCUGAUGAGUUAUUGGAACGAAUCCUAGCCUAUCUCCCCAUUGCCAGCAUUUUCAGAGCAGGUUCUGUGUGUAAACGGUGGCAUGAGAUUGUUACAUCAGAAAGGUUUUUCUGGCACCUUUCACAUGUACUCCCACACAAGCCUUGGUAUUUUAUGUUUACAAGCUCUAAUGAACCAGUUGGUUAUGCUUUUGACCCCAUCCUUCGGAAAUGGUACAGCAUGAAACUUCCCUGCAUUGAAACUUCCAAUUGGUCCAUUGCUUCAUCAUGUGGCCUGGUUUGCUUCAUGGACAAAGAUAGUGGAAGUGAAUUACGUGUUUGCAACCCCAUUACUAGAUGUUCCAGAAAGCUUGAAGAGCCCCCGGUUUUGAAAUUUUCUGAUUACAGUGCAUUAGCAAUCUCAGUGAACAGGGAAUCACACAGUUAUAACAUUGCAAUCAUAAGAUCAAAGCAAGUCCCUGAAAAUUUUUCCCAAUGGGACAUCUCAAUUCUUAUAUACAAUUCAGAAAGAGUGACCUGGGUGACUACUUUAACAGAGGUGUUGAAUGGGUGGAGAGGUGGUGAGGAGAGUGUAAUAUGCAAUGGAGUGCUUUACUUUUUAGUUUACUCAACUGGGGGUGUUCUGCCAGAAAAUCGCCACGCCCUAAUUGCAUAUGACAUCUCCAACCGUUCUACUCAUGGCACCUUGAUGAGGAGCUUUAUUCCAGUACCUUGUUCUCUAACAUGUGGCCGUCUGAUGAAUCUGAAGGAGAAGCUUGUAAUGGUGGGAGGAAUUGGUAAACAAGAUCAUCCUGACAUAAUAAAGGGGAUUGGUAUUUGGGUUCUAAAUGAUAGGAAAUGGGAUGAGAUUGCUAGAAUGCCUCACAGGUUCUUCCAAGGAUUUGGAGAGCUUGAUGAUGUCUUCGCUAGCAGUGGUACGGAUGAUCUGAUAUACAUUCAAAGUUACGGAGCUCCAGCACUUCUGAUAUUUGACAUAAACCAUAAGCAAUGGAAAUGGUCGCAGAAGUGUCCGGUGACGAAAAGGUUUCCACUGCAGCUUUUCACUGGCUUUUGCUUUGAGCCAAGACUUGAAAUUGCUCCGUAGUUUGUUUCUCAUACGACCAACAGCUACCAUUGACAGAUUUGUCAGGAGGUUUCCGUUCUUUACUGUCUAAGUGCAAAUUUAAUAUGAUUUGGAUGAUCCCAACAGUUCAUACAAAGUGUACUUGCUUAAAAAGCUCUUUAUUCAUGGAUACUGCAAUAUUAUUAAUAGAAUUUUAAAAUAUUACAGAGCUUUGUUGCUGUUCCUUAUUCUAUUUGUACUGUUCCUCCAAUAAAAAUGACGACUUUCUUCA